CGCUUCGACACGGUUUUAGUUAACGAAGAUGGUGGUGGGACGACAGGUGUUGAUGGUGCGUGGUAUCGUGUUGCACAAGUGCGCAUCAUCUUCACGCUGACAAGCCAGGCUACAGCUGCCUUAUUUCGCACACCUGGAAUUUUGCCUACCCACUUUGCAUAUGUGGAAUGGUUCACGCCAUUCGGGCAGCCUGAAGCAAACCAUGGUUUGUAUAAAAUUUCCCGCCUCAUUCGUAAUGGAGAGCGUCUGGCAAGCAUCAUUGACAUUUCUGAUAUUCGCAGGAGUGUACAUCUUAUUCCAAAAUUCGGCCCUGUAGCACCUCGUGAAUGGACCAGUAGUACCGUUCUGGAGCUUUGUUCUACCUUCUUCGUAAACUCGUUCAGCGACAGGCAUGCUUAUUUAACUAUUAUCUGA